UGAUUCUCCACCAUCAUUCUCUGCGCGUGAAUGAGGGGACCGAGCUGUACACUGUCAUAAUAAAUAAAACCCGGAAAUGAACCAUUAGCGGACAGUAAACUGAGACGAGGUCCCUGCAAAUGUUGAUCUUCAAAAAAACCUUUUGUUGCUGUGAGGUUCAUGAGACCAUACAGAAUGGUUCUGGAUUCAGGUCUCCAGACAUACGACAGAUCAUCCUCCAGCACUAUCAAAGACCGAGAGACUAGACUGAAAACAAAAAUAACACAGAUCAAUAAUGUUCACUCGUAUUCAUGUUCCGCCAUUUCGCAGGCCCCUCAGCCUCCCCGCUCUCGUCCUAAAUCUUUCAUUAGUACAAACAAAACACAUCUGCCAGUGAAGACAGAGCCAAGAAAGAUGGCUGGCUGUCCUGUGUAUAUGGGACAGUGCAGCUGGAUGCGCCGCAGUGAGAGCUCAUGUACAAUCAACAGCAGUGGCAGCAGCUCCCAGAGCAGAAUUAAAAGCUCUGGCUCCCUUCCACACAUUAGCCGACCCAGCAGUGUACCAAGAGUGACAAAGAGAAGCUCCUGCCUCCUGGUAGCACUAAGACCUACCAAUGUCGACCAAGAGCGAGAGAAGUUCUUUUCAUCUAAAUAUACCUAUAACCCUCAAUUCCUCUACCAGGAGCCAAUGCCCACAUCUGUCCUUGAGAAAUACAAUGAGGCAUCUGAUCAGUUCUUAACACAGGCUAUCCGAAUACUGAAUGCCGUUUUGCAGAAAUACGGGAGCUACGAGAACUUUGAAUCUGUUACUGGAGGAAACCUGUUGAGCAAGUGUCAGAUCUGGGCAUCAUGUCGCAAGUACAUGCAGAAGGAGGGCUGCGCCGGAGAGGUGGUGGUCCAACUUUCUGAAGACUUACUAUCUCAGGCAGUCAUGACAGUUGAGAACAGCCGUCCAACUCUCACCAUUAACCUUCUUGGUGCUCGACAACACUGGUUGGAGGGAAUGCUCCGUCAUGAGAUAGGCACCCAUUACUUGCGUGGGGUGAAUGAUGCCCAUCAGCCUUGGCAUAAAUCAGAAGGACGCAAGCAGUUUGGACUAAAGCCAGCUAACCCUACAGAAGAGGGACUUGCAAGUCUUCACAGCGUGCUCUACCGGAAGCACCCCUACCUCUGGCGCGCUGCUCUUCUGUACUAUACUGUGAGUCGUGCAGCCAACACCAGCUUCUGUGAACUGUUCCAUGAUCUACAUCAAUUUGUGCAAGACCCAGUAGUGCGUUGGGAAUACUGUGUGCGUGCCAAGCGUGGGCAGCAAGACACAGGACAGCCAGGAUGCUUCAGCAAAGAUCAAGUGUACUUGGAUGGAAUAGUGCGCAUUUUAAGGCAUAGAAACACCAUAGACUUCCCUCUUCUGACAUCCCUCGGCAAGGUGUCGUUUGAGGAUGUUGAAGGGCUCCGUCCAUUUGCAGAGCUGGAAAACACUCGGAUCCCUCACUUCAUGCAGGAUUUAGACAAAUACCAUCAUCAACUUUGCCACAUCAUGGAGACAAACCAGCUGACUGAUGAGGAGCUAAUCUGUUUACUCGCAAACUGAUAGGGGAAAAAACUUAUCUACAAUGUUUUCUACUGUCCCUUUAAACAAAAGUCAGAGACCAUGAUAAGGAAUCUUUAAUAUUUAUUGGCUAUGAUUUAAAGGCACUGUUUAUAUUAAAGCUAGCCAGUGGCAUGUUAUUAAGCAAUA